UUUUUCAAGAUCAUCUUCUACGAGGACAGAAACUUCCAGGGUCGAUUCCACGAGUGCGACAAUGACUCCAGCGACCUGCACACGUACUUCAGCCGCUGCAACUCCAUCAGAGUGGAGGGAGGAUUCUGGGUAACCUACGAGAGGCCAAACUGCAUGGGCUACCAGUAUGUGCUGAGUCCAGGAGAGUAUCCAGACUACCAACGCUGGCUGGGCAUCAAUGACACCAUCCGGUCCUGUCGCAUUAUUAGGAACUUGGGGAACUCGUGGAGGCUGAAGGUCUGGGAGAAGCCCAACUUUGAAGGCCAGACGACGGAGCUGGCAGACAACAUGCCUGUCUUCCACGAGCGCUGGCACAGCCGCGACGUCCACUGCUGCAAGGUGUUCGAAGGCGCCUGGAUCUUCUACGAGCAUCCGAACUACAGGGGGCGCCAGUACCUGCUGGAGAGGGGCGAGUACAGACGGUACUCUGAGUGGGGGGGCGUGCAGCCCACUGUGGGAUCCAUCCGUCGGGUUAAGGAAAACUAG